AUGCUAGGUAGCAAGCGAAUGGGGCUGUGUGGACUGACCCUCGCUCUGUCCCUGCUCGUCUGUUUGGGCGUGCUGGCUGAGGGAUACCCCUCCAAGCCCGACAAUCCCGGCGAGGAUGCACCAGCGGAGGACAUGGCCAGAUACUACUCGGCUCUACGACACUACAUCAAUCUGAUCACCAGGCAGAGAUAUGGCAAGAGAUCCAGCCCUGAGACACUGAUUUCAGACCUCUUAAUGAGAGAAAGCACAGAAAACGUCCCCAGAGCAAGGCUUGAAGACCCUUCCAUGUGGUGAUGGAACAUGAAACUCCCUCUCCCGACUCUUCCUGUUUUCCACCCACAUCUCAUCUCAUCCUGUGAUACCCGUCCGCCUGUCCCACC